CAUAUAAUCAUUCAGUUAUACUUAAAAUAGCCAAACCAAAAUGCGUGCGGUUCUGGUUUUCGGGUUGGCGCUGGUCGCCUCUGCUUCAGCGUUUGUGGGCAUACCUAAAUCCUAUCACGAUGAAAUCGGAAUCCCCGAGGCACGCAGGAUCAAGGCGUAUGAAGACAGUCAGAUGACCAACCCGCAGGCGAAUCCUGUUUCUGGAAUUCUGGCUGACAGGAUCGUAGGAGGCGUCAGCGCUCCAGCGCGUGCGCACCCCUACUUGGGUGGCUUGGUCGUCAGCCUGGUGAAUGUCCCUAAUGAGUCGGUGUGCGGUUCAUCGUUGGUGUCGCCCAACCGGCUGGUCACCGCUGCGCACUGCUGGUUUGACGGCACGCGUCAUGCAUGGCAGUUCGUCGUAGUCCUCGGAUCCCAGUUCCUCUUCCGAGACGGAUUUCGUAUCCGCACCAGCACUGUGGUUAUGCACCCACAGUAUGUUCCCAGAAGUUUGUUCAACGAUAUCGCGAUGAUCUACUUGCCGCACAAUGUGCCUUUAUCCCAUGCUAUUCAACCUAUCAGCCUCCCUGGUGUUUGGGAAUUGUCGAACGAGUUCGUCGGAUCGAUUGCUGUCGCGGCAGGAUACGGCAGGACAAACGACCAUCAAGUGGGAGUAAGUCUUGACACGUCAGUGCGCCACGUGAACUUGCAAGUGAUCAGCAUAGCGGAGUGCCGGAGGACAUACCAGACUAGCGUUAUCGAUAGCACCCUCUGUACCAGCGGUCAGGGAGGAGUAGGUGUCUGCGGCGGUGACUCUGGUGGACCUCUUGUGCUCAACCUUUGGGGACGUUUGAUCUUAAUCGGAGUUACCUCCUUCGCAGCUCAAAUAAAUGGAGUGCAAGUCUGCCAACGUGGGUUCCCUUCAGGAUUCGCUCGCGUCACCAGCUUCCACAACUUUAUCACCCAACAUAUGUGAGGAGUAGCUGUACUUUCUUCUGACUUUACUGACAAACAUGUUACGCUAACCCACCAAGAAAAUGUAUUGAUUGUCAUCAAUAAAUUAGUACUUCUAAAAA